AUGAAACAUUUAGUGACUACGCACUUAAACACAGUGAACAGAUGGUCUGCGGGCAGGAUUCUGGCUAAACGGGCAGAGGUGAAGAAGCGCACUCUGUUCAUGGCUAUUUCGGCGAACUACUGUAGUAGUAUCUUCGAUUUGAUAGCCAAAAAAAAAAAGGAAUCAGAGAAGAGGUGUAAAAAUGGGGGUUCAGUCCAAGAAGGGAAAAAUGGUGGGGAGGAUUAUCCCCCUGAUCCGAAUGACUCCAAAGGAAUAACAUACACCCAAGAUGUGAAUUCAGUUGUCAACAGAACAGUAAAAGGGAAGGAAAAACAUUCUGAAGAAAAAACAACAGUAACAGGGGUAGUAUCCUCCACGUUGGAUAAUCAGAAAGAGUGGGAAAACAAUACAUUGGAUGAAAUUCACAAUACGAAGGAAUGCGUCCCCAUAGCAGAAGAACAAUUGUACAACAACAAGGUAUAUCUGUUGAAAUACAUAAAGCAGCUACAACCAAAUGAUGACAUCUCCAAGUAUAGAUUUGCAACAAAGUAUGUGAUGAAAAACAUCGGUCAAUUUUACGAAAAUGAAUUAUUAUUUAUUUUAAAAACAUUUGCCAGGAGGAAGUACAAAAACUUACCUCUCCUGCAAUGUAGCAGUGAAUACUUCUACUGGUUAUGUAAAAUGAAUAAAGGUUCUCAAAGGAUCAUAUCACAUUAUCUACACUUGUGUACCCUAUUAAAUUAUAUUCCAACGAGGAAAUACAUAGAAACUUAUGUAGCCGUCUUUAAUUAUUGCAAGGAUGAAGUUCCAGAUACGAAUUUCCUUUUCUUUAAUAUGAUCGAAGAGGAGAUAAAUGAAAGAUACAAAGACUUGAAGCAUAUCAUUUUGGUUCUCUACUUUUUACACAAAGGGAAGAUAAAAAAUGAAAUAUACGACACCUUACUACAUAUGUGUUGUUAUUACGCUUGUCAACUCUCCUUGAGAAAUAGUUUUCUUCUGCUAAGGAUUGUUCUAAAUGAAGAAAGUGGGAAACACAAUUUGCACUACAUUAAGGUUUUACACCGAAAUUUUGAGAGACAUAUAGAUUCCAUGACUCAGGGAGAUUUUUCCAAUUAUGUGAAUACCCUCCUGUACAACCAUGUCCCCAUGGAACCGAAUUUUUUUCAAUUCAUUAGCAUGUUUAUCGACAAGCAUGGAGUGGAAUUGUCUCCAAGUGCGGUGUUAUCUAUUUUAAAACUCCUGAAAAGGCAUAAAUUUAAAGAUACUGUUAUUUUAAAGAAAGUAGUAAAUGUGAUUAGGAAAAAUUUCUACCAUUAUACAUAUGCAGAUGUGGUGUAUGUCGUUAAGAUACUAACCUUUUUAAACCAUUUCGAUGAACCCUUUUUUUGUUUUCUUUUUGAAAAAUUUCUGCCUCCUAUGGGUACCUUACCCACUGGGAUGUUAGUCUCAAUGAGGGGAGACAAACAGUGGGGGCGAUCCCUCCCUUAUAAAUCGCUACCCACAGAUGAUGAAGGGAGGCUUUCCCCUGGGAAUUCCUACAGGCCCCCUGUUAGAAGGACACAUUUUGAAAAGGUAGAUGAACAGGAGGACCACCCCGUAGGUUCUGUCAAUUUGUUUAAGCAAGUACCACAGAAGAAGGGAGUCAUCAACGAACUGUCUCACUUACCUCUACAUUUGUAUGAAGAGAGAGUGAAAAUGAAGGUAGAAGCUUGUAACAUAAUUGGAGAGGAAGAGCAUGUAGGAAGAGAGACACACAUGAGGGAAGUGUCUUUUGGCUUGAAGUACCUAGAAAUGUAUGUGAAUUUGUUUAUCUACCUGGGGAUAUGCGGGCACAGGGCCCACGACUUGUUACUCCGCUUAUCCCAGAUGAUUCGCUUGUGUUUGCUCGCAAGGGGGGCACCCCUUCCCGACCAGGGACACAACCAACAUACAACCAACACAACAACAACACAACAACAACACAACAACAACACAACAACCACCACAGCAACCACCACAACAACCAACAUAAGAACCAACACAACCACCACCGCUACCAUCGGUUGCGGCCACGUUAUUCACCAGACUAGCCGAUUUCACAACAGCCUGAGUAGACACACAGAACCCCAAUUUGUGUGCCUUCACGACGCCAUUAAAAAAAAUAAAAAGGAGAUAAACUUUUCACAUGACAGAAGAAGUAUCAUCAAAAUGAGUGAACGAGAAAGUUAUUUGCCCCCACUACAGAAGGGACACAAAAACAGUAGUUCUAAUGUCCCCCCAAGAGAAGUAGCCACAGUUCGAUUCCAAGAUAGUUCUCCUUACAAUUCUGUUGCUACUGCCAUUGGGGGGACAAAAUCUUGUCUGAGAUUCUCCUACAGGAAGAGUGAAAAAAUCAAUCUCGAAAGUUUAAAAAAAAAAAAAAAAAAAAAUUCUACUUUACUUGUUGAAGACGCAAACAAGGAGAAAAAAUGCUUAUCUCAUUUGAUGUAUCUAAAUGUAGACAUGUUUCGGAGGGCAAAGGUGAUGCACUCUUCUGGGGAUCUAAACUGCGCUACCCAAACAGAGGAAAGAGGUCCAUAUGAGUCAACAGAACGAAUGAAAAGGAACUCCGUCUUGUCGAAACAUUUCGGAAAUGUUCAUCCAGCUGCUAUGCGUCUACACAACCGAAAGCUCUUCCGAAGGUAUUUCGAAGAGCUUCACCCAAGCGAGCGGUACACCGAGAAGGUUCCCCCUAAGCCAUGCGUUCACCGAGGAUCGAAGAGUGGGCUAGAUUUACGCCUCAUAAAAUACAAAGAAAUAAGGAGCUUGCGCAACGUAUGCUUACGGAGAUACGCUCAUAUGUUCAAUGAACAGUCAGACGAAACAUUCGAGGGUGCAAAAGGGAUGCACAAAAUGGGAAACAUUUCAGAUGAAAAUGGAACUUGUUCAUACAAAUAUCCAUUCGAUAUGAUUUCCGAUAAGAACUUAAUCCAUGUAGACGACUCACUAUUUCUGGAUUACAGUAUGUGUGGUAAUAACAGGAAAGUAGCUCUUCUGAAACACAGUCACUUGGUACGGAAGAGCAACCAAGUGACCCGGAAGGAGUACUGUAAGGGAGGUAAAACCGACGAGGAGAAAAUGUGGAGAGAAAACAACCCCAGUGGAUAUUUACUUAAAUGGUUGUACAGAUAUAAAAACUGUUUGAACCUGUUCCCGAGUGACGACAAAAUCCAUAUUCAUCUCCUCGAUGGGGAUAUAAAGCAGUUGGGGGAAUGUGUACAGAAGUGGUACGAACAAAGUGGAGUUGAAACGACAAGCAAUCCAGAGAAGCAGACGGAAAAAGAAGAAGCCAAAAUAACUCUUAAAUACAUUGCACUGAUUACCAAGUCGUUUAGUGAUUUGUACCAUUUUGAUAAAGCCCUCAUUGAUGUACUCCUUGUCCAUGUGUCGAAACUAUUCCGUUCCUUUUACUUAGUGCAGAAAUCGGAAGAACAAAAAAUAAUGGAGUCCGAAAAAAUGAACAACAGAUGUUCCACUCCAAGAGAGACCUAUCAGUGUAUGUACCGCUUUACAAAAAUGUGGAGAUUUUUAGUAGUGUGUUCUCAAGUAAAUCAUGUGGUGAAGAAUAUCUUAUCCUUAGAUCAUAGGCAUGAAACUGUUACCAAGUUAUUGCAUCUAUAUACCAGUCCCUAUAUCCUACUUAACAUAAAACACCUCACAUAUGUACUGAACCAGAUGGAUGCUUUGUCCAAGCAAAUGGAGAAAAACCCUUCCUUAAUAAAAAGGUUCCUCUUGCAUUACCUAGACAUUUCAGCAUUUACAAAUAUAUUUUUAUUUUUUUGCAAAAAGUUGUUUAUUCUGGUAACAUCCAAUGGUUCUAAUUUACUGAUGAAGGAUUUUGAGCAUUUUCACACUUUUACCUACUUGAUGCUAACUCUCCAGAGGGACUACGCUCGUCAGUGGAUUUACCAUUCGGAUGCUUUGGCUCCCACACUGUUUGAGGGAGUUCCCCAUCGAAGUAGCAUCCAAGAUACCACCUUCCUCCAGUGCCUCAAUUUUUAUGUCAUGCUCGUUUUUGCCACUGAUCCCCGAUGGAGGGAAAAAAGAAUGAGAGAUCAAUCUCCUUCCUUGGGAAGAGAUGACUUUUCUCACUUGGGAAAUAGCAGCGUCGUCACAGAGGAGCAAAAUGUUCAAAGCCGGCAAAGGUGCGCGGAAAUUGGAGUUGACUACCUUCAUAAAUCCGCGUACCGGGCCGACCUGAGAGGCAUUUUAGCCCUAUCGCUUAGGUAUAUAAAAUUGUUGAGUUACGCUAGGAAUUUCCCCCCCGUAUAUAGUGCGAAGAAUAAGGACCCGCCGCAAAUGUACAGGGACAUGCAAACGUGCAUGAACACACACACGAAGGUACGCACCAACGUGUUCAGGCAACUCCUUCCCUAUCUGCAGUUUUACUACCUCCUCAAAAGAGAUAUUCGAAAGAAAAAUCCAACGAAUAUAAAUGAGCAUACCUUCCCUUAUAUUUUUCCAACCUUUAUCACUAAAUGCUUGAAGCACCACGGGGUGAAAGAAGUGUCCAUACGCGAGCUCUUUCCGGUCGGUCAGUCACAGCAUCACCGACAGGAACACGGUGCGCCCGAGGAUACUCCCGCGCCUAGCUCUUACGUCGAUACAACACUUUACUAUUAUUUCUUGAAUUUUUUUUUUUUUUAA